GUGCAAGCACAACACGGCUAGCGAGCAGCCAUGGACAUCGAUCCUGAUAAGCUCUCUUUUAGGAAAUAUUUUCCCAACAUAUACACGAAUCUUAAGCCAUGUUAUAUUUGCGAUAUGGACUUUACCUGAUGGCGCUAGGCUCAGUGCUGAUGGCACCGAAAAUUCGUGCGGAGGAAGGACACGGUUUUCAACACUCAAUACUACGUCGAUUUCUGUUUCCCACCAUGUUUCCCACCAUGGGUCAGUUCUGCUCGAUGUGCUUCAUUCAGUGUCAGAAUGGUUACCUUCAGUCCUCCUCUGGUUGUUUGCUAUGUGUGUGCGCAGGGACUAAUUCUACUACAUCGCAAUCACAGUUAGGCUUGUCUACGACCGUCAUGGUGAACGGUGGCAUCUUCCUGAACAACCCUUGCAACCCGGCCGUGCGCCACUGUCACUAUCAGUGCACGCUGGGAUACAAGGUGGGAACCGACGGUUGUCAGCACUGCAUCUGCAACGAGCCACCGUCUACCUCGGGAUACACGGAAACAACUACUGCCGCUGAUCGAGUGGGGGCAACUACUUCCCCUCCUAAAUAUGCAAGUACCACGCCUGCGUUAAGCAUAUCACAAGCACCUCUACACACGACGUCACUAGUGGCUACCGUAAAGGCGACUUCCGCUCCUUUCGGUACAGCGGGUGGCUUCACGGAUCCGUGUAUAUCGACACAGAAAACGUGCAGCAAAGAUUGCCUAAAUGGUUACGUUAAAGGGCCCGGGGGUUGCCAGUACUGCCUCUGUAUGACGGUAUUUAUGGUUACCACCACCACUACCACGCCAGUUCCGGCGGCCGGACACCCGCUGUCGACCCCUGUCCCGCAUUUCCUGGACCUGUCCCCAACCUCGGAAGCUUGCAUCAUGGCUAAGGUGAUCUGCAAUGACAAAUGCCCGAGCGGGUUUGUGAGCCGUCCAGACGACUGCCUGUACUGCGCUUGUCAUAAAGACGAUCUGGCUGAUGACCCCGAAGAAGAUGAUUUUGAGCUGCAGACGCCGUGUCUGUCUCACCGGAACCAGUGCCCGCUGCAGUGUCUGAAAGGAUUUGUCGCCGGACCCAGACACUGUCAAUUCUGCGCAUGUGCAUAACUAGAAUCCGUGAUGGUGAUGAAAGAUCUGAGUUAUUAUGAAGUCAACUUUUUGAGUUUUAGGCAGUUCAGUUAUGUGUAUAUUCGUUAGAAACAGAAUAUAAAAGUAAAGAAUG